GAGUCCAGGGCAGUGCACCGGCGUGGGAUUCCGUAUCAACGCGGAAGAUCAUCCUGGUUUGCUGGGCUUUCCAUCGCUCUGGUCGGGAUGCGUAAGCGGAUACUAAACCUGCUACGGAGGCCAGUCGGAGAGGAGAAGCACAUAUCUGUCCUGUUCUCCCCUCAUUGUGAUCGGUGCAUGUGGCCUCUAAGAAGACGCUGGAUCCACAUGAUCGCGAUUAUAUGACCGUAAAGCCUUUAUUACCAGAGAGAUGACAUGGAUGUUUUAUUACUCGAACCUUGGAUCGCUCAUUUUUCAUUUAAAUGUCCUACGUAAGCUGCUAGUGGACGGGUCCCACACCAGGCCAGUCUUGGGAAGAUGGCGAAGGCCCCGAAAUCAUCUGGAAGGAAGACGUCUCACUGCCUCCGCAGACAGGGUGGUGGUCAAACAGAUAUGGAAGAACUUAACUUGGACACUCAGGAUCCCCCACAGGAGCGGUCCAAGGAAGAAGGUCAAACCCUUAUUCAAAAUACUUCUCCAGAGGGAAACUUGUCCGAAAAUUGGGACCACAAGGAAAGUCCAGCGGAGGCCCAGGAAAGGAGCGAUAGCGCUGCCCAAGCCAAGCCAUUGUGGAAGCCCAUUCCCCCUCUGCUGCUUGAACCACACAGGAACACCCCUACAGGGACCAGGGACCAGAGCUGUCAGACGGAGGAGAAUGAUCAGCCCACCGAUGCCAACGGCCAUGGUCAGAACACAGGUUUCUGUGUGGAGCCUGGUGAUCCUCCGCUGCUCCAGCAGCCUCUGCAGACCUCCAAGUCGGGGAUUCAGCAGAUAAUUGAAUGUUUCCGAUCUGGCACCAGUCAGCUCAGAACUAUGCUUCUGAGGGAGGUAGACACCAUCUUCGAGUGUAAACUGUGUCGCAGUCUGUUCAGAGGCCUCCCGAACCUCAUCACACACAAGGAGUACUACUGUUUAUCACGGCUGCCUGAAUCCGAUGGCUCUCCUGGUGACGACAGACAGAGUGUAGCCAUGAAAGAUUUACUGGAUGCUAUAUAUCCCAGAGUUGACAGACCGGAAUAUGUGGUCCGUCUUGAGCCCAUUCAGACCACCAACAAGGCGGUUUUCCAGUACCUCACCACAGAGGAGGAGCUUGCAAGAUACCCAUCACACACAACCAGUGCCAGAGAGAGUCCUGUAGGUUGGGAAGGAGAAACAACAGAGGUUUCGGAAAACAAUCCGAUCGGGCAACCGAGUGGAGGCGACAGCCACAACAGCCCAGGGCCGAAGAAAUGGGAUGCUGAGGAAGAGGCUAAAGAGGAGCAGCCGAAGCCUGAAGACGAUGGCUCCAAUAGUGGGGUGGAAGAUGUGACCAUUUCCUGUUGUCUCUGUGGCCAAGACUUUAAUUCCCGUCGGAGUAUCAGGCGUCACUGCCGCAAAAUGCACCAGACUAAACUCGAGGAGCUGCGGAAGUUCACUGAGACACGCACAGUUCCUACAAGCCUGCUCUCCAUGGUAAAAGGCCGACCAAGGACUCUGAGCACACCGACUGGAAAAUCCUGCCCAGUGUGCCUGAAAAGCUUUGCCACCAAGGCCAACGUUCGGAGGCACUUUGAUGAGGUGCACCGGGGUCUACGGAGGGACAACAUCACACCUAGCAUCGCCUCGAGGCCAGGCCAGCCCUUCUCACUGGAAGUCACUCCUCCUAGGAAGAGCAACAAUUCCUCCCCGACACGUGGCCACAGCUCCAAGCCCACCCAAGUGAACUCUAAAAGCACCACCUCAAAUCAAACCCAAGGAAAACCUCAGAGUCAGACCCAGGCCGCCUCGCAGGUGAACUCGGCCUCAUGUCGAUGCACCCAAUGCAAGAGGAACUACAGCUCACAGCUUAUGUUGAAGAGACACAUGCGCAUAGUUCACAAGAUCUACAGUGUCAAAGGGAAGUCUACUGGUACUCCUGCAUCGUCUGUUUCUGCUGCAACCACUCCUAACAGCAGCACUAACACAAAUGUCAGCAACAACGUUAAAGUGAAGCAGGAAGCAGUGGAGCCCUCUGAUGAAGACGAUGACGUCGACAGCAGCCCUGCUCCAUCUCCUGCUGACAACAACGGGACAGCUAAAGGCGUUCAACAAACUUCUCUAAAAUUAAAGGACGAGGAAGCCCCUUCCAGCCCCAAGAUACCCCCAUCUCUGUCUUCACCCUCGUCCCGCGGGGGCAAUGUGUGCAGCACGAACAUGGCUGCUAAAAUAAACAAACUCUCGGUGGGUUUUGACUUUAAGCAGCUCUUUUGUAAACUGUGCAAAAGACAGUUCAGCUCGCGUCAGAAUUUAACAAAGCACAUCGAACUGCACACAGACGGCAAUGACAUCUUUAUUAAGUUCUACCGCUGCCCUCUAUGUCGCUACGAGUCACGCCGCAAACGUGACGUCCUGCGUCACGUGACGGUUGUCCACAAGAAGUCGUCUGCGUACCUGGCGAAGAUCAUGCCCAAACUGGAGAGCAGAGCCGUGAAGCGGCUGGCGGAGGCGGUCCUGAACAGCACAAACAAGAGGACAGGCAGCGGGAAAGAGGAGAUGAACGGACGUCACGGUUCGUCAUCAUCUUCGUCGUCCUCAUCCUCCUCACCAUCACCUCCGAUCACCCGGAAACAAGAAGCUUCCACAGCUGUAUCAACUGCCACCUCUGCCUCCACCUCCGCCCCGCCUCCCAUCCCCGUCACCAGGAAGCAGCAGGAGCUUUUAUCCUCGGUAUUCACUCCUUCCCCACCAGUCACUCGCAAGCAGGACAGACAACAGACGGUCCAGCAGCCCCGCCCCCUCAGCCCCCCUCUGACCCGGCGCAGUGAGAAACACUCACACUCACGUAAUACCUCAACCCCAUCCAGCAACCAAGCCCCACACACCCGACGACACGACGUCCAGUCAGAGAGCAGCUUUGUCACGUCCUCAACUGAAGUUAGAGUGACAAAGAAUUUCUCUCUUCAUGCUUGCGACCAGUGUGGGCGGGCCUUUGCUAAGAAGUUGUACUUGGAGUCGCACAAGCGGAGCCAUCGAAACGCAUCAGUGGGAGCAGCCAGCAGGAGGAAAGGCGUCAGCACCCGCUCCAAAUCUCUGGUUUGGUGAAACACAGUACUUACAAAUUGCCACAAAUGAAGGACAGAGAGCCACAAACCAUUAAACAGCAAAACUCUAAACUGGAACAAAUGAGACCACUUGAAGAAAAACAAGGAAGACUCGGAAACAUGAAGGAAGAAACUAAACAGCCUUACAGAAAAGCAUAGUCAUAUAAGAACCAAAAACCAUGAUGUAAACUAACAUAAAUGUGUAGUUGAUUAAGAAACCAGACAGCCUGGUGCUAUCUACACAAAACCCCCAUCUGCUGUACAUACACCUACCUGUAUUUACUCAUGUAAAUAUAGAGCUAUAUGCAGACCAUGGAUAUUUACUGCUUUGCUUAUAUUAUCCUGCAUUUAAGCAGCGGAUGAAGGUAGUCUGUGCAAAGGAACAAGCAGGAAUAAGAGUUUAGAAACUGGCAAUGUUGGCCAAGUCGGAUCACAUCCGAAAUAUAGUUUAUGAAAUUGAUUUUGUGAAAAGAAACAUGGAUUUUCCUUAUCUGAGCUGUUCUUUUGAACUUAUUUAAAGUUAGGAAGGUUUUGGCGGAGAGUUAUUUUUCCAAAGAUCUAACUACAGUUCUCUGCUGCUUUUUAAAAGUGAAUCUACCCGCGAUUAACUCGUCUAGGAUUUGAUUUUGCUUGGAGUCAAAGAUUGCUGCUCAAUCUUUGUUCAAUUUCCUCUAAAACAACAACAACAAAAAAAACCCAACAACAAACCAAUUACUGUUUUUUUUUUUUUCAUUCUGAAACCUUUUUUGUGAUUGAUUUGACUCUUAAAACCUGUCCAUAGGAUGAGUUUACAAUUUCCUCCAAUGGAUAGAAACCUUAAAUAGUACAUGAUAGACACAGUUACAGUGAGUAGAAGAUUUACAAUUCAAUACGUAACAGGUCACAGUUGUACUACUGUUACUCUUUAACUUAAUAACUGGAAGAAUUUACUUUCUGACUACCUUCAUCUGUAUGUUACAUCCUUUCAUAGCCCUAUAAUCCCACACUGUUGUGUUACUUUCCAUCCUCAGUGCCUAAAUGCUGCUCUGGGUGAGCUAUUGAAAGGACCAUGUCUCCUGACUGAAAGAUUUAAAGACAUUUCUACACUGGAGCAUAUUUACAUUAACUGUUUGAUCUUAGUUUUUAAAUACCUAACAAUGUAAUUCAUUUAUUUUUAAUAGUUUGUGCAUCAUUUACUAAGAAUAAUAUGCUUAAUCGGUAGCGGCUCCUGAAGGUAGUCUUUGAAACACUGGGAGGCGUUUGGAGGGAAUGAAGAAGACCAAGAGGAGAGCUGGGGAGGAAACGAGGAAGACCAAAUGUAGUUAUGUCUUAAUGUUCGAACUGUAAGCCAUGAAAAAGAACAAAAAGUAGAGAAUAAGAAAGAUCAAGCUUUAUUUUUAUAACAAAGGCUUCUGUAGCAAUCAUACUGUCUAUCAACUUAAGCUGUUUGGAUGGUAUAAAUAAUACCAUAACAGAUCCCAGUUCCUCAGUUAUUAGUUUGGUUUUUAUUUAACUGUUUUAUUUUUUUGGUCCGUUAAAAUCCUAGAGGGUUUUAGUUCACAUAAGUUCUUUACCAUGAGGUCUCAUACAUCAUAUGUGUUCAUAUGUUAUUAAGCCUCCCCGCCCCCAGAAUUAGAAACGUUUUUCACAUGUGACCAGAAUGUUAAAAGCCACUGUUUAAUAAAUAAAAACAUACUAUUUCAAGCCUCUGA